CAACAAAGGAUCACUAAGUUUUCUCUCCUAAGAAGGAUUCUAUAGAGAAGAAUGGCUCCUGAAAAUGGCUCUUUUGUGACUGAGUUUAUUCUGAUGGGGUUAACAGACCGGCCAGGUCUCCAAAUACCACUGUUCUUCCUGUUUCUAGUAAUGUAUGUGCUCACUGUGUUAGGAAAUUUGGGCCUAAUAAUUCUAAUUGGAUUGAGUUCUCACCUUCACACUCCUAUGUACUUUUUCCUGUUUAACUUGUCCUUUAUUGACCUCUGUUAUUCUUCUGUAUUUACACCCAAAAUGCUCAUGAACUUCAUAUCCAAGAAGAAUGUUAUCUCUUACAGAGGAUGUAGGACUCAGCUCUACUUUUACUGUUUUUUUGUCAUUUCUGAUAUCUACUUGCUGACAUCAAUGGCCUAUGAUCAAUAUGUGGCCAUCUGUAAUCCACUGUUGUAUGACACUGUCAUGUCCAGUAAAAUAUGUUGCAAUCUUAUGCUUGGUUCAUACCUGAUAGCAUUUUCUAGUGCCGUGGCCCACACGGGAUGCAGGCCGAGACUGACUUUUUGUGAUGCAAACACCAUCAACCACUAUUUCUGUGACAUUUUCCCUGUGAUGCAGCUUUCCUGCAUCAGUACCUAUAUCAAUGAAUUGGAGGUUUGCACUGUGGUGGGGAUCAACAUCUUUAUGCCCAUUGUCACUAUCUUUGUCUCUUAUGGUUUCGUUGUCUUCACUGUCUUCCACAUCAGCUCCAAUGAGGGUAGAUCCAAAGCCUUCAGCACCUGCAGUUCCCACAUAAUUGCUGUUUCUCUCUUCUUUGGGUCAGGUACAUUCAUGUAUCUUAAGCCAUCCUCUGCUGGGUCUAUGAAUGAAGGAAAAAUCUCUUCUGUCUUUUACACCAAUGUGAUACCCUUGAUGAAUCCUUUAAUCUAUAGUCUGAGGAACAAAGAUGUUAAAAUUGCCCUGAGAAAAUCCUUGACCAGGAGAAAGUUUUGA